ACCUGUUUCAGUGGGCGGAGCUACAGGAGGUGACAGCCCUGUCAUAACAGAGGACACGAGAGAGCCGGACGGCAAAGGGAGAGAGUGACGGACCGCUGACAGACGCAGACAUGAGCAAGAAAAAGGAGUACAGUCCGGCGAAGGCCUCGCAGUCACAGGCCACUGACAUGCAGGCUCUCAUCACACGCUUACAGCAAAACGCAGACCAUGUGGAGAAGAACAUCAUGCAGGCUGAGAAACUGCUCGCAGAGGACAAAGAGAAAGAGAGGAGAAACUAUUCGCUCAGACAACAGCGUCCGGCCGCAGAUAAUCUGUCUCAAGCCGAGGGUUUACUGAAGGAUCUCUUUCUGGAUGUCGACCGAGCCAAGAGAUUCAAACACCCGCAAGCCAAUGAGAUCGAGCUUGAUGUGAGAAAUCUUCACGAUCGCUGGUCUAAAGCCUGCGGGUUGUACAGAGAUCUUUACGGUCAGCUUCUCGAGCUCUCUCUUUCACCCAGCGUGGACUGGAGCAAACUUCUGUCUGACAAACAGAAGUUGGUUCUGGGGGAACGUUAUGGACCGUCUCUGUCUGAUGUGGAGAAACAGACAGCAGCCCAUAAUAUUCUGCACAAAGAGAUCGAGGCGUAUCGCUUGGCCCUGCUGUCCAGUGAUGAGAAUUCAUCUGCCCUUCAGAGGCAAUAUGACAGUCUGCUGGAGGCAUCUGGGAAGCGUAAGCAGCAUCUGUCGUCGCUCUAUGACUUCUUGCAGGGCUGUAAUAAAGAGCAGGUGUAUCUCACUGAUCAACAGAAGAAGAUCUUGAAGAGAGACUGGAGCGAUCGGAUGAAUGACAGCACUGAAGUACGCUUGGAGUAUGAGAGAUUUAAGAACAACGGUCUGCUGAGUCAUGAGAGAGAGGUGGACAGAAUCCAGCGGGACGCUGAUAAUCUCAUUCAGAGCAAACACCCCGGAUCUCCUGCUAUUGCGUCGUGCAGUGAAAAGAUCAAUCAGGAGUGGAGUCGCUUCAUGAAUCUGUGCGUGUGUGAGGAAACACAUCUGGAUAAUGUAGAAGACUACAAAAAAUAUCAACUGGAUGUGGAGACGUUCGGUGAGUCUCUGAAGAGAAUCAAAACCACCACAGAACCGUCAGUACUGAGAAACAUGAGCAACCACGAGACCUUACUGCAGCUGGAGGGUGAGGAGAGAGCUAUCUCCAGAAACGAGCAGAGACUGGCUGAUCUGAGAGAAUCCUGUACAACACUCGCUCCUCUACACCUGAGAAGAACCACCACCAACAAACCCAUCAGCGUCAUCUCUCUGUGCGAAUGGACCACAGACGAGGACUCUGUGAGCAGAGGCGAUAAACUCACGCUGGUCUCUGAUCCCAAAGAGGAAAACUGGGAGGUGAAAACCAGCACAGGGAAGACCAAGACUAUCCCAGGAGUCUGUUUUCUCAUCCCUCCACCUGAUUCAGUCGCCAUCGAAAAGGUGGACAGUCUGAGCAGGGAUUUCUCGGAUCUCAAGAGGUCCAGAUCUGCUCUGCAGUCUCAAGUGAAGACGUCAACUGUGGAGGUUGUGAGGGUCGUGAAAAGAGCAUCUGUAUCAACGGCUCCUGGAGACUCGAAGUAUGACACCACCAACAGUCAGCUGGACCGCAUCAAUGGAGAUCUGCUGAAGCUGGAGAAAGAUUUGCAGAGCAGAAUGAGACGUCCUUUAGACCGAUCCGACCCUGCUGGAGAUCUGUCUGUCAGAAUCAAAGAGCAGGAGAAAUUUGGUGUGAUUCUGAGAAACCUGGAGGCAGAGAAGUCUUCCAUUCAGAGAGAAGUGCAACCGCUGCUAUCCCAGAAGCCCCUGGAUCCCACCGCUUCCACAGUGCUUCAAAAACUCACUACAGCCAACAACAAGAUCGAUGACCUCACAGCCCUCUCUGGUCUUUAUAAUAAGAAGACCACAGCAGCCAUGUUUCUAGAGAAACAGAUCAAGAAGGUGGACAACAUGGUGUCAGGGUUUGAGGAUCAGCUGGCUGUUGACACUGUACUUGUCAAUGAGCCCAAUAACAUCAACACUCACUCCAAACAGCUUCAGAACAUGAGAAAAGAUGUCAGCUCCAGGAAAGCUGAUAUUGAACAGCUGAACCGUGAGUUAGAAGUGGCCGAGCAAGCCAGCAGCUCCCUGCAGAAGAGCUUCCAGGAAUACUGUCCUGAUAUCCGUCAUCAAGAGUCUGAUGUCAAACGCCUGACGAAUCGCUACGCCACCAUCCCCAAUCAGCUCCAGUUGAGGACGACUCUGUUAAAAGAAACAGCCAUUAAGGACCAGGAGUUUGAGAACACCGUCCACUCGCUCAACGCUUUCCUGAUCAACAUGCCCAACAACAAGAUUCGACCUGGAGAAAGUGCCUCGCAGAUCUACUCCAAACAAAGCUCUCAGCUGAGAGCAGUUGAAGACCUCAAAAGAAAGACCGAUGAGGUGAACCGGGUCGUCAAACUUUCUAAUGAGCUGCAGAACGUUCUUAAUGAAUAUGAGGUAAAUGCAAACAAAUACCGCAGCACGCUGGGAAAACCAAAUAUAGACGCAAAUAAGGCUGAAUACAUUAGCAUGGCUGAAUCUGUCCAGAAGAAGGAAAGAGAUGUUGUAAACCUUUAUUCCGAAGUGUCUGCUGAGCAUGAUCAACUUUUGAAUCAAGUGAUCUUGGCCAAAGAUCUUGUCAAUAAGAAUGACCAAAUUGUAAGUCAGGUGGUGGUGAAGCAGCAAUUACACCUGCAGAGUCAACAAAGAGACAUGGUGGAAGUUGACGGCCUGAAGCGUGAACUCACCGAGGAGAUUUCACGCCGCACUCACGCCGAAAAUGAUCUGAAAUCCUUCAGCAAACGGAUGAUAUCCCUCAAGAGUCGCAGAGGUGUGGAACGAGUGGAGGAAAAGGAAACCGUGCAUUACUACCGUGACCCAAAGCUGGAGGCCGACUUGGAAGUGCUGAGAAGGAAGAUAACUGAAGAGAUCAACAAACGCUCUGCUUUUCACACCGAAAUUGAUAUUGUGAACAAGAAAAUUAUCAACCGUGAAUUUGAGGUGACCGAGAUAAAACCCAGGCUGGUGACCAAGGUACUUACAGAGAUUGAGCGGGACCCCAAACUGGAUACGGAAGCAACUAGAAUCAGAGAGAUGAUACGCAAACUAAAGGAGGAGAUUCGAGUGAUGGAGAGCGAAACUGUGCACGUACGUACUGAAGUCACCGUCUUGGAGCAAAAGAGACCCACGAUAAGAGAGAAAGUCGUACUGAAAGAAGUUGUGAAGCUGGAAAGAGAUCCAGAAAUGCUCAAGGCUGUCCUAAGCUUUAAGAAUGAGAUCUCGGAUGAGAGUAUUAGGUCAAAGAGCCUGAAUGAUCAAAUAUUCCAGGUUAGGAGUCAGAUCAAUAAUCUCGAGAGGAUCAUCCCAACCAUCCAGCCUAAAACUGUAAUCAAGGAGGUGAAGAGGGUUGAACAGGACGAAGAGCUCCUGAGGGAGUCCAAGAGCCUCCGUGUAAACCUGGAAGAACUGUCUCGAGAGAUUUCGGUUUUGACCAAAGAAUUAUCUAGCCUUCAGAUCCGCUUCAGACAAGUGGAGACAAUCAAGCAAACGAUAGAGAUCAAUGAGAUUAUCCACGAGACCUACAGAAUAGAUCCUGAUACUGAGCUGGAACUGAGACGUCUGAGAAAUGAGCUUCAACAGAUCAGCAAAAGACGCACUAGCUUUGAGAAUGAGAUCAACCUGAUCAUGGUGGAACUCAAGACUCUGCGCUCCCAAAAGCCCAAGGUGGAGCUGAAGGAGGUAUUCCAGGAGGUGGUGAGAGAAGAGAGAAGCCCUGAGAUUGUCAAAGAAAUUAAGAGACUGAACGAGCAUCUCAUCAUUCUGAGAACCAACUAUGACACGAUUCUGAAUAGGGUAACUCGUCUACGCAAGGACAGGGAUGAAUGGAAAGCUGAAAGGUCAAAGGUGGAGACAAAAGUUGUGACCAAAGAAUUGAUAAAGUAUGAAAAUGACCCACUUCUGGAGAAGGAAGCCGAACGGCUCAGGAGGGAGAUGCGGGAAGAAAUUCAACGGCGUAAAACAGUGGAGGAAUAUGUUUUCGACCAACAGAACAAGUACAUCGUGCUGGAGAGACAGAAACGGGAGGAAAGGGUUGUAGUCCACGAAGUGGUGCGCCUCCAGACGGAUCCCACCCAGAUUAUCAAUCACGAGAGGUUAACCAGGAAUUUGGAAGAGAUGAUGAAGACUCGUAGACAAUUGGAACUGGAAGUGCAACAGUUGAGAAUCCUGGUGCUGGAACUGCAGAAAAAGGCAGAAAAUGUUGACCAGCAGAAGAAGAUCCUAAUAGAGACAGAGCUGAGACAAAUCAAGUCUAGAAUCUAUGAGCUGGAGACUUGUCCAAAACCGGUUGAGGAAAAGAUUGUUAUUGAGGAGGUGCUGAAGGUUGAGAGAGAUCCUAACGUAGAGAAACUGAUCACUGGGCUUCGCAUUGAGAUUGAAAAUGAAUGCAACAAAGUAUCUCUCCUGGAAAAAGACAAACGAACCCUUACAAUAAGAAUACAGACCCUGACCAAAGAGAAAUCUGUCGAGAAAAUUGUCUACAAGGAGAUCAUCAGAGUGGAGAAGGAUCAGAAGGUUGAGGCCGAAAGAGAACAUCUUAGAGGCCAAGUUGCCCAAGUGAUAAACUCCAGAUGCCUUAAAGAAGAAGAAGUAAAGGUAAUCAACAGCAAAAUAACUAGAAUUCAGACAACCCGAACAACUUUCUCCCAAGAAGAGGGCACCCUGAUUAUACAAAGGGAUAGACUCAAGAGAGAGAAGGAUGAACUUCUUCAAGAGUUAAGAAGACUAGAGGCUCAACAGCAUGAAAUCACUAUUACCUUCCAGCACCAUUCCAAACUCUCGAGUGAGAAAACUCAAAUCAUCCGGCAAAAAACCAUCAAGCUGGAGUCCGAGCUCCAGCGUCUAGAGAGAGAAAUCCUGGAGGAGAAAGACAGAAUUCACAAACGGGACACUACAAUCAUAGAGCUGAAUAAAGAAGUCAAUACAAUGCUUAAUUCAGAGACCAAGAGAGAGACCAACAUCUCCACCAAAAUUACCAUUCUUGACCCAGAGACCGGCAAAGAUAUGUCACCCUACGACGCCUAUCUUGAGGGUCUGAUCGACCGCAAUCAGUACAUUCACCUUCAGGAGCUGGAGUGCAGUUGGGAGGAAAUGACAACGACCGGUCCUGAAGGCGAGGUCACAAUUCUGCAGGACCGUAAGAGUGGAAAGCAGUACUCCGUCAAGACGGCGCUGCAGAAUGGCCGAUUGACCCAGUAUGACCUGCAGCGCUAUAGAGAGGGUAAAAUAUCCAUCUCAGAGUUUUCUCUCUUGGUUGCAGGUGAGACGAAGUCAAAGUCUUUCCCUGUUUCAAGUAAAAUGCAGACAACAACUGUACAGAGUCUUCCUCCACCGAGCCCCAGCUACAACUCUUCCAGUUUGACUCGUCGCACAUCCUACUCCAGCACCAGCAACCUGAACACGAUAGUGAGCACCAGCGGCGAUGAAUUUUUUCCAAUUUCCGGAGUACUAGACCUCACCACAGACAGCCGCAUGUCCGUAAGAAGCGCCUUGACACGCAAACUGAUUGACGGAGAUACGGCCAUGAGGCUUCUGGAAGCUCAGGCUGCCACAGGAGGCAUUGUGGACCUGAACAAGAAGGACAAGGUCUCCGUUCACAAGGCGGCCCAGUGUGGAUUGAUCGACUCCAGCCAACUUCAAAAGCUCCUUAAUGCCCAGAAAGCCUUCACCGGUGUUGAAGAUCCGGUCUCGAAGCAGCGAAUGUCAGUCGGAGAGGCGGCCCGCAGGGGUUGGAUACCCAAUGACAGCGCCUUGUGGUUUAUGGAGACGCAGCUCCUCACCGGUGGCCUUGUAGACCCCAACAAAGCAGGUCGGGUCAGCUUACAGAAUGCAAUCGAUAAGAAGUUGGUUGACGCGUCAGUGGGCAAACAGCUUCAGGAUGAAUCCACUUUUAUGAAGAACGUGUUGGAUCCCAUCAAGAAUGAGAAGAUCACUUAUAAGGAGGCCAUGACUCGAUGCCAGAAGGAUGAACUCACAGGGCUGCCUCUGCUCCUGGUUUCAUCAACUGAUGCCACAGAUGCUCCUUCUUUCUCCAACUACAACUUCUAUAAAAAAUAAAGGCAGUAGCUCUUGAUAUCACACACGUAUGUUUGAUCAUAAGGGACUUUUAAACGUAGAUGUUCUUUCAUACCCAUAUACUCAAAGGUAAAUAAUCUCUGGUGUGGAUGGGUAUUAUUUUAUGGGGUGUUUGCCUUGAUUUUAAAGUUCACUAACUGUUUUCUGAUACUUAUGAUGACAUGUUGGGUGAAAUUGCUUUUUUAAUAUAAUGGUAAUAAAUGAAUCUCUAAAUCUC